AUGAGCGCGAGCGAGAAAGAGCGCGAGCGAGAGCGCGAAAGAGCGCGAGCGCGAGCGAGAGCGCGAAAGAGCGCGAGCGCGAGCGAGAGCGCGAGCGAGAGCGCGAAAGAGCGCGUGCGAGCGAGAGCGCGAAAGAGCGCGAGCGAGCGAGAGCGCGAGCGAGAGCGCGAAAGAGCGCGAGCGAGCGAGAGCGCGAGCGAGAGCGCGAAAGAGCGCGCGCGAGCGCGAGCGAGCAAGAGCGCGCGCGAGCAAGAGCGCGAAAGAGUGCGAAAGAGCGCGAAAGAGCACGAGCGAGCGCGCACGCAAGAAAGAGCGCGCGCAAGAGCGCGAAAGAGCGCGCGCGAGCAAGAGCGCGAAAGAGUGCAAGCAAGAGCGCGAAAGAGCGCGUGCGAGAAAGAGCGCGAAAGAGCAGCGCGAGAAAGAGCGCGCGCGAGCAAGAGCGCGAAAGAGCGCGAGCGCGAAAGAGCGCGAGCGCGAAAGAGUGCAAGAAAGCGCGAGCGAAAGAGAGAGAAAGAGCGCGCGCGAAAGAGAGAGAGAAAGAGCGCGCGCGAGAACCUACCUCGUUCUGUCUGGAUGGGCGAUUUUGAGAAAGGAAAUCUCUAG